AUGGAUCCUUCGGAGAAGAAGAUAUCUGUGUGGAUAUGCCAGGAGGAGAAGCUGGUGUCCGGCCUCUCCCGCCGCACCACUUGCUCGGACGUGGUGCGGGUGCUGUUGGAGGACGGCUGCCGGCGGCGACGGAGGCAGCGGCGGAGCCAGCGGCGCGGGACGGCCAGCACCCCGCCAGGCGCGGGGGAGCUGCCAGAACCCCCGGACGAGGACGACGAAGACGACGACGAGGCGCUGCCGCAGGGCAUGCUGUGCGGGCCCCCGCAGAGCUACUGCAUCGUGGAGAAGUGGCGCGGCUUUGAGCGCAUCCUGCCCAACAAGACGCGCAUCUUGCGCCUCUGGGCCGCCUGGGGCGACGAGCAAGAAAACGUGCGCUUCGUGCUGGUGCGCAGCGACGCGUCGCUGCCCAAUGCCGGGCCCCGCAGCGCCGAGGCGCGCGUCGUGCUCAGUCGGGAGCGACCCUGCUCGGCCCGGGGAGCCCCGGCGCGGCCCAGCCUCGCCAUGACCCAGGAGAAGCAGCGGCGGGUGGUGCGCAAGGCCUUCCGCAAACUGGCCAAGCUCAACCGGCGGCGCCAACAGCAGCCGCUGUCGUCCUGUUCUUCCACUUCGUCGUCCACCGCCUCGUCCUGCUCGUCGUCACCGCGGGCCUACGAGAGCGCGUCGGUGGAGCGCAUGGAGACGCUGGUGCACCUGGUGCUCUCCCAGGACCACACUAUCCGCCAGCAGGUGCAGAGGCUGCGGGAGCUGGAUCGCCAGAUCGACCGCUACGAGGCCAAGGUGCACCUGGACCGCAUGCGUCGGCACGGGGUCAACUACGUGCAGGACACCUACUUGGUGGGGGCCGGCAUCGAGCUGGAAGGGGCCACCCCGGGAGGGGAACCCGAGGAGGUGGCGGCGGCGGCGCAGGAGGCUGCGGCGGGGGCGGCGGCCCUGGAUGGCGAGGCGCAGACGGCGGCGCUCGAGGAGCUGGCCCGGCGUUGCGACGACCUGCUGCAGCUGCAGGAGCAGCGGGCCCAGCAGGAGGAGUUGCUGGAGCGCCUCUCCGCCGAGAUCCAGGAGGAGCUGAACCAGCGGUGGAUGCAGCGGCGCCAGGAGGAGCUGGCGGCGCGGGAGGAGCCCCCGGAGGCCCCCAGCGGCCCGGACGGCGAGCUGCUGCUCGAGCAGGAGCGGGUGAGGACGCAGCUCAGCACCAGCCUGUACAUCGGGCUACGGCUCAAUACGGACCUGGAGACCGUCAAAUCGGACUUGGAUUACAGCCAGCAGCAGUGGGACAGCAAGGAGCGCGAGCUCCAGGGCCUUCUCCAGACUUUGCACACCUUGGAGCUGGCGGUGGCGCCGUGCGGGGCUCCCGGCUCCUGCGCACCCGCGCGGGAACCCCCCCAGCCUCAGGCCUGCGCCGAGGUGUGGGUGGACCAGGCCCGCGGGAUGGCCAAGAGUUGUCCAGGCAACGACGAGGACUCGGACACCGGGCUGAGCUCGAUGCACAGCCAGGACUCGGACUCGGUGCCGGUGUGCGAAUCCCUCGUGUGA